AAAAUGAGGAUCAAUUUGGUCCCUGUACUUCUCUUCUUCAUCAUCAUCAUCAUCUUCAACCCAUCCACCAUUGUAGUAUCCGAUACAACAACAGACGGUUCAGUUUUCUCAACCGUUGACCAAAUCUUCAACACAACAAGCCAAUGGCUCCAUUUCCCGGCGAAUUUCAACCAACCAACGAUCGAGAUCUCCGUCCUCACGAUAAUCGCCGCCGUUCUCUCGUUCUUCGCCGCCUCGAUCUCCAGCGCCGGAGGAAUCGGCGGCGGCGGUCUCUUCAUCUCGAUAAUGACGAUCGUCGCCGGGCUCGAAAUGAAGACGGCGUCGAGCUUCUCGGCGUUCAUGGUAACCGGCGUCUCCAUCGCGAACGUGGGAUGCAAUCUCUUCGUCAGAAACCCUAAAUCGGGAGGCAAAACCCUAAUCGAUUUCGAUUUGGCUCUCACUCUUCAGCCAUGUCUGCUUCUCGGUGUCAGCAUCGGCGUGAUCUGUAACCGUAUGUUCCCUAACUGGCUCGUGACGUCACUCUUCGCCGUCUUCCUUGCGUGGUCGACGAUGAAGACUUGCAAAAAGGGUCUUUCUUACUGGAAAUCGGAGUCGGAGAGAAGGAGUCGGAGGAGAGACGAGGAAGAGGAUCGGAUCGAGGGAGCGAGAUCGCCGCUACUGUGUAACGAAGGAGAAGAGUCCGGAGGAAAGAUGGGGUUUCCAUGGAUGAAGCUCGGAGUUUUAGUGGUCAUCUGGUUAUUGUUCUUCUCCAUUAAUCUUUUUCGAGGAAACAAGUACGGUCAGGGAAUCAUAUCGAUCGAGCCAUGUGGAGCUCUUUACUGGUUCCUCUCGUCUCUCCAAAUACCUCUCACUAUCUUCUUCACUCUCUGGAUUUGCUUCGGUGAUAGUGUUCAAAGCAGCCACACAUCAUCACUUAACCAAGACUUUGAAAAGGAGAUUGAAGAUGGGAGAAGGAGCAACGGAGUAAGACAGAACAAGUUUAUGCUCCCUCUAAUGGCUCUCUUGGCUGGAGUUUUGGGUGGCCUUUUCGGUAUUGGAGGUGGAAUGCUCAUUAGUCCUCUUCUUCUCCAAAUUGGUAUUGCUCCUGAGGUAACUGCAGCAACAUGUUCUUUCAUGGUUCUGUUUUCUUCGACUAUGUCUGCAAUCCAGUACCUACUUCUAGGCAUGGAACACGCUGGAACCGCUGCGAUAUUUGCUCUGGUCUGCUUCGUAGCGUCUCUGGUCGGACUAAUGGUGGUUAAGAAGGUUAUAGCCAAGUACGGGAGGGCUUCGAUCAUUGUGUUUGCGGUAGGUAUCGUCAUGGCACUGAGCACUGUACUGAUGACAACCCAUGGAGCUCUUAAAGUCUGGGACGAUUUUGUCUCUGGUCGCUACAUGGGUUUCAAAUUACCCUGUUGA